CGUGUGCCACCCGCACCACCAUGGCUCUCUACAACAAUGGGGCCAACGUGCCCUCACCCCAAGAAGCCUCCAAUGGCUUCUCACAGCCCAGUGCCUCGGGCACGUGGCACAAGGCGGAGGAGGAGGUGCGGCUGGUGGAGCCCAGCCUGGUGAAGAAGGCUCACCGCGAGAUCCUGGACCACGAGCGCAAGCGGCGGGUGGAGCUGAAGUGCAUGGAGCUGCAGGAGAUGAUGGAAGAGCAAGGGUACUCAGAGGAGGAGAUCCGGCAGAAAGUGGGGACCUUUCGGCAGAUGUUGAUGGAAAAGGAAGGCGUGCUUACCAGGGAAGACCAGCAUGGGCGCCAAAUAGUGAUAGAAAACCACCAUGGGCUGGAUGGGGAGGAGUACGCAGCACAGUACCCCGAGUACGGCGAGGGCUGCCUGCUGCAGUGUGACUGCUCGGCCGAGUGCUACCGCGAUGACAGCAGCCACCGCGAGUACAGGCUGAAAAGACGAACGAGCAGCUCCACCUCCCCACCACCCAAGAAGAAAAAGAAAAAGAAAUCGGGUCACCGCCGGAGCCGCAAAAAGAGGAAACCCGGUUCGGAGCGCAGCUGCGACAGCUCAUCCCCGAUUCGCAAGGAGAAGAAAAAGAAGACUGGAAAGAAGCAUAGACGUGACAGGUCUGAGUCGGGCUCUCGGAAGAAGAGAAGACACAGGUCCCGCAGUCCCAAAAACAAGCGGAAAGAGAAAAACAAAGAGCGCAAGAGGUCCCGCAGCGCAUCGCCAGCCUGGCGGUCACACCGGCGCAGCAGCUGCAGCUCGCACAGCGCUUCGCUCUCCUCCGACUACAGCAACUCCAAAUCCCCCAGCAGGCUAAGCCCCAAGCACCGCGAGGACGGCCCCAAGGGCAACAGCGCCCGCUCCAGCCGCAGCCCGUCCUCCUCCUCACCGCGCCGCUCAGCGUCGCCGCACCAGAACGGGCACAAGGGCAGCGCCCAGAAUGGCCGCCACAGCCAUGGCCCCACGCUCGAGGAGCCAGCGGAUAAGAGGCCGGCCUCACCGUCCCCCUCUCCACGGCCUCGCGGCAGGACGGAUCCGCCGUCCCCUCGCACCCGGGGCGGCCGUCAUGGUGCCCGCUCGCCCUCGCUGGAGCGAGCCAAGCACGGCCACCGGCACCGCUCCCGCUCCGCCUCGCCGCCCCGACACCGCGGCCAGGCCCCCCGCCUGCCAGCCCCGACGGGGCUCAGCCCCACUGGCUACAGCAGCGACUCAGAGGGCUCGGCGUGCUCACACCCGCCAGGCCCCAACAGGACCCACGGUGCCCACACUAAGAAGGUGAAGGAGAGGCACCACCGGGGCCGUCCCAACAGCAGCUCGGAGUCAUCAGCGAAGCACUCACGGCACGGAGCCUCGGAGCGGAGGAAGAGCCCCUCGCACAGCACGGGGCACCGCAGCUCCUCCUGGAGCUCCAGCGGCUCCCUCUCCAAGUCCCGCUCCCGCUCGCGGGACAAGCGGGCAGCACGCAGCCGCAGCCGCUCUCCCUCCCAGAAGAAAACUGCCAGCAGAGAGAAAGACAAUGAGCCCCGAACACGCCACAGUGACCCAGACCCUGCUCGGGCCCGGCGCCGCUCCCGAAGCUAUUCCCCAAUCAGGAAGAGGAGACGUGACUCCCCCAGCUUCAUGGAGCCCAGGAGGAUCACCAGCGCUCGCAAGCGUCCCAUCCCCUACUACCGCCCCAGCCCCUCGUCCUCCAGCUCGCUGAGCACCUACUCGUACAGCCGCAGCCGCAGCUAUGACACCUACAGCACCAGCCGCAGCCGCAGCCGGACUCGCAGCCCCCCCAGCCGCUCGCGCAGCCCCCCCAGCCGCAGCCCCAGCUACAACAGCCGCAGCAGCUCCGAGAGCGCUGGCUUCUGAGCCCCCCUGCUCCAACCAGGAGCCUCCAUCCCACCCCAGGAGCAGGGGAUUGCCAAGGAUGGACCAAGCCGAGGGGUGACGCUGGGCCUGUGGGGCA